CCUAGUGGAAGGCCGCCACCUAAUCACAGUUGAUAACACCCACAAGCCACCUGUGAAUACCGUCUCUCUGCCACCGAAAUUUUGCACGAAAAUCGAACACAAAACACCUGUUCUUGAUCUCGGUUGCCUUUGUCUUUCUUUCUUUCUUCAACAGUAAUAAAGACACAGAAAUGGGUUCGUUAUUUAGUUCAAGCAAAAAGAGCAAAGAAGAAAUCGACAUGGCACUUAAUAAGGCCAGGGAACUCUCCACCUCUGCUCCUGUUGUCGUCUUUAGCAAAACCUACUGUGGUUAUUGCAACAGGGUCAAGCAGUUGCUGACACAAUUAGGAGCAAGCUAUAAAGUUAUUGAACUGGAUGAGGAAAUUGAUGGAGCUGAAAUCCAAGCAGCUUUAACCCAAUGGACUGGGCAAAGGACUGUACCAAAUGUGUUUAUCAAUGGAAAACGAAUCGGUGGUUGUGAUGAUACACUGGAGAAGUACCAAAAAGGCGAGCUCUUGUCCCUUCUCAACGAUGCUGGUGCCAUUGCUAACAACUCUGCUGACUCUGCUCAGCUGUGAGUAAUGUUGAAAACCCAGACGAUGAUACUGUAGAAAUACGAGAAUAAAAAUUCAUCCCAUGUUACCAAUGUACAUGAAUCCUUCUCAUGGACCUAACUAAAUGUAUAAUGUGCUUUGUUUUGAUCUUUUCCCGAGUAUGAAAAUUGCAACUUUUAUUA